AAGCAGCAUGGCUAUGCACCUGUGGAUGGUCACCCUGACCUUGGCUGCCUUCCUUGCCAUGGACGGGGAGGUGCAGGUGGAAGCAGGAAGGAUUGCUUUCUUGAGAAUGCCCAUCUGUGAGCACAUGGGAGAUUCUCCAAAGUGCCCCAAGACACCUAAACUGAUCUGUGGCACGGAUGGGGUGACAUAUGAAAAUGAAUGCCAUCUCUGCGUGACCCGGAUAAAAACAAAAGAGGACAUCCAGAUCAUAAAGGACGGCAGGUGCUGAGCCCAGAGACGCACUCCGGCCACGAGACUUCAAGCUAGAGAACAGCAAUGCUCCAGAGGCUAAGAUGUGAAAUAAAAGAUGCAGUCCAAGCUGGUGAAGUGGACCAGUCUUUGGGAACU